AUUCCCUCAUAAACUGCUCUGGUAAUCGAAUUAUUGCUGCAUUGUCAAAAGAAUAAUCCGGAGAGAAAUCCUCACAGUCUGUAUUAACUGCAUAAGGAUAAUCGAAAACUGUAUUAUCAACAUGGAAAAAGAAAAUGUUUGUUCUCAUCAACUAUUCAUAGUUUUUCGUCAAAAUGCAUGGAAUGGAGACAUAUCUAACAAAAACAUUUCGAAUUCAUUCAACAAUGCACAGCCUCAAGACAUUCUUAGUCGCUGUCUCUAAAUCUAUUCGCCAGCUUUCUAUUAUUGACGCUUUCGAAAAUAUUUCAUAACUCGGAAAAUUAUGUAACAAAAAUAAAUACGUGUAACAAUAUAAAUAAGACCCAUUCAAAUCACACUUAUAUAUAGAUAUAAAUAUAUCUAAACAGGAUUCAUAGUCAUUGAUGCAGGCGUUUGUAUACACGAUGUCUGAAGAACACAGCAUGAUCAUUGAAACUUUAGCGACAAUAGACUAAUUGAAAUCACGCAGAACUUGUGAAAAGAAUAAAUAGAUGUUCGUUGCGUCACUUUAGAAAACGCACGUCGUCCCCAACUUGUUCCAACUAAACAAUAUUAAUAUUAUUAACUACAUGCCGAUGUUAUUUAAUUUGCCUCCACUGAAACAUGUUUCUAUACAUAACUCUUGAUUUGACGAAAGAUUUGGCUUCUUUAAAUGCCGUAGUUUAUUAACAGCUCUUUUACACAUUCCUAUUGCUUUGGUCCUGAUUUAGUUCACACACUGACUAUCAUAUAUGAGAAACUUCUUUCGAAAGUCUCUUAUUCACAAAGGAAUUUGAUCACCGAUUGGUAAAGUCUGCUAUGCUUCUAUUUAUUAUGUCAUGGCAAACUUGAUGGUACAAAUCAUCGAGGGAUAGUUUGCAGAUUUGGAUAUUUACAUAACUAUGAAAGAAUAGAAUAAUGUCCCAUUUUUAAGUAAUGAUUUGUGUUAUCAUAAAUAUCUGUUAAAAUGAUUACAAGCAACUCGACCAUCGAUUCUUUGAUUUACGACGUCACAAGCAUCAAAGCCGGCUACAAUGUCCUCAUCCAGUCAACUCUGGAAACAUUGGUUCAGACCAGUGAAGAAAGUUCUGAUACUUAUAACAACAUGGAAGCACUUCGUAUGACACGCUUUAUCGUUCAAAAGAUAUGUGUGCCCAUUGUUAUAUUCUUUGGUGUGGUAAGCAAUAUAUUGAACAUCAUUGUGCUCACUCACAAGUCCAUGAAUACAUCGACUAAUGUCUAUCUAACGGUUUUGGCGGUCUUUGACACGCUCUAUCUUAUAUUCGGUUUCACGUUGAGUUUGAAACAUUUUUCACAGGUCAGCUCUGUUGAUGCAUACAUCUACUGGGUUCCCUAUGCACAUGUUCUCACAGACAUGUGCAGUAAUGUGGGUGUAUGGCAAACCAUCACAUUCACGGUUGAGCGUUACAUCGGUGUCUGUCACCCGAUCCGUGGACACGUAAUUUGUACUCCGCAGCGUGCGCGUAUAAUUACGGCCAUAGUUUCAUCCAUCGCCAUUGCCGUAACUGUCCCUGAGUUUUUUGAACGCCAAACAGUGGAAAGACUUGAUUCAAAUAAUCAAACAAUACUAAGAAAUGAAUGGACAGAAUUUGCAGAAACAUACGCCUACGACAAAGGUUAUAAUUGGUUCAUAGUUACCUCUUUCACCUUUCUUCCUCUCAUAUCUCUUGUGUUUUUCAACGGGCUCCUCAUAAGGGCCGUUGUCAAAGCCAAUAAAAUACGCCGCUUUAUGUCAAAGGCGCCAUUGCGAAAAUCGUCGGAGAAGAGCGGCAGCGAGCAACAGAAAAUCACUUUGAUGUUAAUAAGCGUUGCUUUAGUCUUCCUUAUAUGUCAGUUUCCGGGAGCAUUACUACUGCUUUACUCAAGAAGCAUAGCUCCUGGUAGAAGAGGAAAUGAUAUAAAAAUCGCCGCUAAUAUCACAAAUCUGCUAGUCCAGAUAAAUUCUUCGGUAAAUUUCAUUCUUUAUUCUUUAAUCAGCACGAAAUUCCGACGAACUUUUGCUUUAGUGUUCUGCUGUCGCAAAAGAGCGAUAGCACGCCACACGAAUUUUAAUCAAACAGAAAUCUCUAACAUUUAUCGAGCUACACCGAGAACAUCAGUGGGCGUCACGUGGUGUCCGACUCGAUCAAACGUCGCACCACAAGCGAGUCGAAGUACAGUCAGGACUUUUCCUUUUAAACCUAUAGAAAAUGGGAGUCCCAAAAAAAUGAAAGACUAUGUAAAUUUGGAAGAAUACUCUCCUUUCGAAAUUUCACCAAAUGAUUCUCCGGACGAAAAAGACAGUGUCUUAUAAGAAAACACUUCAAAUCGUCUGGGCGGGAGAUGUGUUCUUCGAGAGGGAUGUGUUCAAAAAGAAAAUGGUUUAUUCAUAUUAUUUUUCUUUUCUUCAUAGAUCUGAUUUGAAAUCUUGCUCUGAGAUCAACCUUCUGAUGGAGUAAAUUAUAUUGAAUAUGUAACCAUACUGUCGUGAUUGAUCCACCGAUCUCUUUGAAAAAAAAAUUAAUUAACGAUUAAUUCAACUUUUGUCUUUGGGAGAAA